GACAAACUGGACAUCUUCGUGCCGACGCACUUCUUCGGCUGGUGGCUGAAGACGCUGAUCAUCCGCGACUGGUGGCUCUGCACCGUCAUCAGCAUCAUGUUCGAGCUGCUGGAGUACACGCUCGAACACCAGCUGCCCAACUUUAGCGAGUGCUGGUGGGACCAUUGGAUCAUGGACGCCCUGCUCUGCAACGGCCUGGGCAUCUACCUGGGCAUGCACUCGCUGAAGUACCUCUCGAUGAAGCCGUACGACUGGCGCGGCCUCUGGAACAUUCCCACCUACCGGGGCAAGCUGAAGCGCAUCGUCGCCCAGUUUGGCCCCCACAGUUGGGUGCAGUUUGACUGGCGGCCCUUCUCCAGCUUUGACCGCUGGCUCGCCACCAUACUCAUCGUCAUUGCCAGUUUGGUCGCCGAGCUGAACACCUUCUACCUGAAGUACGUCCUCUGGCUGGAGCCGCCGCACAUGCUCAACCUCCUUCGCCUCAUUCUCUUCAUCUUCUCCGGUGCGGUGGCCCUCCGCGAGACCUUUCAGUACUUGGAUGAUCCCGAGUGCAAAAAGAUUGGCCGCCAGUCGUGGGUGCUGAUCAGCAUCAUCAUCACCGAGCUGCUCAUCAUUCUCAAGUUCGACUUUGCGGUGGUCACCAAGCCGCUGCCGAAGCACAUCUUCCUCUUCUGGGUCGGUGCAAUCAUCCUCCUGGUGCUCUGGACGCUCUGGCGCUUUGUCCUGCGCAACUUUAUUCAGAUUCUCUACCGAACGAGGCCGGAAAAUAAGGCCACAAUGACAAAUGCAACAAUGGGCCCCAGCAAACAGUCUCCGGUGACACAAGGCAAUGGCAAAUCUCAAAGUGGCAGCAGCAAAAAGAACAAGUGA